AUGUCACGCGCUCUCCAGGCAUCCAACCCCCGCUUUGGUGCUUGCGCGCCGGUUUCGGUCGUCGGCUUACAGCGCCUUGCGAACCGCUCGCUGAGCCGGCCGCGUACUACUGGCCUGCCUGGCUUGCCGCUGGAGCAGCAACGUGCAGCAGUUGUCGCCUGUGCACGCAAAGAGGAUACGAAGGGCGAGCAAAAUGUGCAGCCCCAAUCUGCAGACCCGUCGUCGUCUGAGCUCAGCCCCUUCUUUGAGCCGUUGUUGCGCGGCCUUGUCCUGGGCAUUGGCGCUGGCGUUAUUUGUGAGAUGGCUCAUGUUGCUUUUAAGGUGACCAACAUCGCAUCUGUGGGAGGCUACCACAUGCCCAGUGGUGCACAACUUUAUGAGCAGCUUGCCCCGCUGUUUGUUUGGGACCACGCUGUCGCAAUUUUCUUUUGGCUCCUGUUUUACGUCAUCGAGGCUGGAGCAAUCCUAGCCAUCCUGCGCGAGUACCCUGACGACAAGCAGGCGUUCCGUAUCAUCCGUUCAACCCCAACGCUGCCCAAGCGCCUCAUGCCCCUGAAGCUCUCUUCAGUCAAACGCACCAUACACGCGCUCCUACACGGCCGCUUGCCGCAGGAGGUGAGUACGGAGGAGGACGGCGAUGGCGAGGUCGCUGUACGGCCCGAGCAACAACAGGAGCCAACGAACAGGGCGCGUACGGCAGAGUCACGGCGGGCUGCGGGACUCCGCCCCGGGCAGUGGGACCCGCGCGCGGCGCCCCCCCUCCUGGGCCGGGGGGCGGACGGGAAGGAGCCUCUGGGCAAGGUGGGGGCGGGGCGGGGUGGAGGGUGGAGUGUGGAGUGUGGGGGGUUGGGGGCAGUCCGUUGUGGGUGCGUAUGCCAGAAGAAGGCCGCGAAGAGGGCUAAGGAGCUGGAAGAUCGUAAGGCCUACCUGCAAAAUUUCUGGUAUGCUGCAGCCCUAUCUGACAACGUCACCUCCAAGCCGCUCCAGGUGUACUGCCUGGAUGACGUGUGCCCCCAUCGCGGCGCCCCUCUGAGCCUGGGGUGGACUAAGACCAGUCCGGGGGGCAAGAGCUGUGUGGUUUGUCCGUACCACGGCUGGGCCUUCACGGGAGAGGGCGCGCUGGAGGAGGUCCCCAGCCAGAGUCCUGAAGUCGGGUUCCCCCGCCGUCCGGUGGUGGACUCGUACCCCGUGGUGGAGCGAGGCGGUUUCGUGUGGUUGUUCUUCGGCUCCAAGUCGUUGCCCGCGGACGAGCGGCCCCCUAUCCCGGUGGUUCCGGAGCUGGAGGACCCCAACUGGCGGCCAGUGUACGGUGAGUUGGAGUUCGAUUGUCCGCACUGGUCGGUGUUCGAGAACGCGCUGGACAUGGCGCACAUUCACUAUAUCCACAACGGCUCGUUCGGUAAUCAGGACAAGCCCAUCAUUCACGACAUGAAGGUAACGCGAGACACCUGGUCCGUCACGGCUAACUUCAGCAGCAGCAGGGGCCGGUACAUGAUGAACCGCAUCCACAACAAGCCGGUCAAUCCUUUUUGGAAUUUCGCGGCGGUGGAUGCCGUACCUGUGGAGGCCCGGGCCUACCUGCCCUCGACCAGCUACGUCAAAAUCACUCUGGGCGCCGGUAUCCAGAUGAUCACGUUUGUCAACACCGUACCCAUUGACGAGCACCGCGCCAUUAACCGCUUCUGUCUAAUUCGCAACUUCCUGCCGUCGCCUGUGUUCGACGACUAUACACGAAAGAACAUGUUCAAGAUUCUGGGGGAAGACAAGGCCAUGAUUGAGCUGCUGAAGCCCGAGCAACUGGCCGCUGAGCUGAGCCUGCAAGCCGACAAGCCCCAGAUCGCCUUCCGCAAGUUGCGGCAAGAGUGGAUAGAUAUGGGGUACGGCGUGGCUCCGGAGCGCAUCUCGGGGCACACCGGCUCCCUGCGCCUGGACAUGUGA